AAAAACCUCUGGGUUAUAUUUCUCAUAUUAAUUUUUCAUUCUCAUAAGCCCCAUAAAACAGUAAAUUAUAUACAUAGGUUCGACGUGGGUGAAAUAAGUUACCAAUUAUGUAUGUAUAGUUGUUGUACUGGCAGUUCUGUCAUGGUUUGCUGUGAUAGUGGCUGUCUGGCAGAACUUUCAAGGUCUGAGCUUUUUCUGGGUCUGCACCCCGAAAUUAUUACCUCGAAAUUAUCCCAAAAGUCAUAAAUCCCAGUAAUAAUUUCCCUUCUUGUUUCCUUGCAAUUUUCAGUUUUCCAUUUUUAUUACCCACCCAUAUUUGAUUUUUACCCUCUUUGCCUGUCCUUUUUCCCAAUAUUGAUUAGUGUUCAGUGUUUAUAAAGGGGAAAAAAGAAAAAAUUGGUGUAACAAACAUUGAAGAAAUGGGUGAUUCAGUCGGCACUGGUACAGUGCCACCUCUCCCGCCGCCACUGCCCAAGUCGCCGCCGCAGUACCCAGAUUUGUAUGGGAAACGUCGAGAAUUAGCCAAGGUUCAGAUUCUGGAAAGAGAGAUUAGUUUUCUUGAGGAAGAAUUAAGAUCAGUCGAAGGCCUUCUACCUGCUUCACGAUCCUGUAAAGAGAUUGCAGAUUUUGUAACUGGGAAGUCAGAUCCUCUUAUACCUAUAACGAAGAAAGUUCGCAGAUCUUAUCGCUUCUGGAAAUGGCUCUGUGGAAUAUCCUGUUUCAACCUUUCAUUGAUUUGCUGUUGUCCUAAAUGUCCUCAUCUUCAUAUGCCACACUGUUGCAAGUGCAAUUUGUGUAAUCUCGACUCGUGCAUCAGCUGUCCAAUGCCCAAGUACCACUGUUCGUCGUCCUGUUUAAAUACUCAAUGCUGUAAAAUGUCUGAUUGUAGUUGUAGACGGCGUUGCUGCAUUCCGAAAUGUCCGACCUGCUCGGUUUGUUUUUGUUGCAUUCCCAAAUGUCCGACUUGCUCGGUUUGUUUUUGUUUUGCCAGAAGAUGUACAUGUUGUUAUCCUAAAUGUCCAAAGGUAAAUAUUUGUUCCUGUUGUGACAAGAGCUGCUGCUACUCUUGCUACUUGUGUUGCUAGUAAUAUAUUCUGCAAUAAUUUUAAAUGUAAGCUUGAUAUUAUUAUAAAUAAAAAAUUUA